AUCCAGGAUUACUUUGAUAAGAUAAAAAAUCCCAUGGACCUGUCUACUAUAGAAAUGAAACUCAACAAUAGACAAUACACCGAUCCAUGGCAAUACAUUAAUGACGUAUAUCUGAUGUUUGAGAAUGCCUGGUGCUAUAACAAGAGAACUCACAGAGUCUAUAAGUACUGCACUAAGUUGUCUGAAAUCUUUGACUCGGAGAUUGAUGGACCUGUUCGAUCUCUCGGC